GAUCAACACCCAGUUUCGUGAGCAGGAAAUUGAAGUACCCCAGCUAGAGCCUAGGCCAAGAAGCAGAGCGAGCGAUCAUCAUUCAUCAAUGGAGAAAGGCACGCCUGCGCUCGGUUGGGCCGCGAGAGACGACUCCGGUCUCCUCUCCCCGUACAGCUUCUCGCGAAGGGUUCAGAAGGACGAGGAUGUGACGAUCAAGGUGCUCUUCUGCGGGAUCUGCCACACCGACCUCCACAUCGCCAAGAACGAGUGGGGCAACGCCCUCUACCCCGUCGUUCCAGGGCAUGAGAUUGUCGGCGUCGUCACCGACGUCGGCCCUGGCGUCAAGAGCUUCAAGGCCGGGGACACGGUGGGCGUGGGCUACUUCCUCGACUCCUGCCGCUCCUGCCACACUUGCAGCAAGGGGUACGAGAACUACUGCCCCACCAUCGUGCUCACCUCCAACGGCGUGGACUACGACGGCGCCACCACCCAGGGCGGUUUCUCCGACGUGCUCGUCGUCAACCAGGAUUACGUCCUCCGCGUCCCGGAGAACCUGUCUCUCGCCGGGGCCGCGCCGCUGCUCUGCGCCGGCGUCACGAUGUACAGCCCGAUGAUGCAGUACGGCCUGAACGCGCCGGGGAAGCACCUCGGCGUCGUCGGCCUCGGGGGCCUCGGCCACAUGGCCGUCAAGUUCGGCAAGGCGUUCGGGAUGACCGUCACCGUAAUCAGCUCGUCGCCGAGGAAGCGCGAGGAGGCGCUCGAGCGCCUCGGCGCCGACGCGUUCUUGGUCAGCCAGGACGCCGAGCAAAUGAAGGCGGCGGCGGGCACGAUGGACGGCAUCAUCGACACGGUGUCGGCGGGGCACCCGCUGGUGCCACUGCUGGAGCUGCUGAAGCCGAUGGGGCAGAUGGUGGUGGUCGGCGCGCCGAGCGAGCCGCUGGCGCUCCCGGCCUACGCCAUCAUCGGAGGCGGCAAGCGCGUGGCCGGAAACGGCGUGGGCAGCGUCAGCAGCUGCCAGGCCAUGCUGGACUUCGCGGGGAAGCACGGCAUCACCGCGGACGUCGAGGUCGUCAAGAUGGACUACGUCAACACGGCGAUCGAGCGGCUGGAGAGGAACAACGUGAGGUACCGCUUCGUCAUCGACGUUGCCGGCAGCCAGCUGGGCGCAUCCGCUUAGUGCUCCGAUACGUAGACGCUCGGCGGUCACCGGCCACGUGAGGUCGUGAUUUGUGGUGUUGUUAUUUCCAUGGGUUGGUGUGUGCAUUUCCAGAUUUUCAGGUGAAAUAAUUGCUUCGUGUGUUGUUUAUUCUGGCCAUGUUCCGUUCUCGAAUGUUACCUAUAAAAAGCAAAUGAAUAUUCAGGCCUUCUCUUGGAAAGGCGUUCAGGGUU